AUGGGCCAAACUGUAUCAGCAGAAAGGUCUCUUCCCCACACAAUUUCGAUUCCUGGUCAUGGACUUUUGACUGGUUAUCUGCUCAGAUCUUCAUCUGGAAAUAUCACCUCCUACCGGUAUGGAAACGUCCCUUAUGCGGUUCCCCAAGGUGCUUGUGGCCGAUUCAAGAAGCCUGUGCCAAUUCCUGGUAGCUAUGAUCUCACUGGCGAUUAUUACGACUUAGGACUCAAAUGUCCACAGCCAGCAGUUGAGAAUCCGGUGUUCAAUUAUGUCAAGUCACCCAGCACUGAAGACGUUCAGUACGUGAACAUUUGGGUGCCUUCCUCGGACAAGUAUAAGCCUGCUGCUGGAUGGCCCGUGCUUGUGUACAUCCAUGGAGGCUGGUUGCAAUACGGUACGCCUAGUCUGGAGAUCUUCAACAUCUCCGACUUGCACGACGACGAAGAGUUGCAGAAGAAGUUCAUUCUUGUUUCUGUUGGUUAUAGACUCAAUAUUUUUGGGUUUUUGUCGAGCAAGGAACUCUUGGAGGAAGACGAAGAGUCGGCUAACUUUGGCUUCUGGGAUCAGAGACUUGCUCUUGAAUGGACAUACAAGUACAUCAAGUAUUUUGGAGGCAACCCUCAACAAAUUACCCUUGCUGGACUUUCUGCUGGAGCAUACUCGACUUUCUUCCAGCUUACGUAUGAGCUCUAUCACCCUGAGGUUCCACAGAUCAUUAAACAAGCUGUUUUGUUCUCGAACACUCCACUUUCGCAGCCAAAGACCAUUGACGAAUCCCAGGCCCAAUUUGACGAGGUAAUCGAUAAGUUGGGGAUAGAUAAGACGCUCAGUGGCCUGGAGAAGUUAAUAUCUCUCCGCAAACUCGACUCUGACUACCUUGAAGGCUUUAUUCCAUCGUUGCAACAGCACACUUUCCGUGCCGUUUCUGAUGGGAAGUUUGUGCCAUUCGGUUUCAUCAGAGAUCUCACGACAGGCGAGUACGCUCGUAAACUCACCAAAAAGCAGUUCAGAUUUAUUUCUGGCGAGGUCGAUAAUGAACAGUACACCUACUCGCUCAUGUAUUCACCGACCACGAUUGAGAACUUGAAGAUCCAGGUCAACAAUUACUACCCAGAAAAUGUGGCUAGAAAGCUUCUUGAAUUGUACGUUGAUGAGUCAUUGAAUGAGAAGGACCCAGACUUCAUCGAGAAAGUCACCUCAUUAUACGGAAAAAUUAUCUCUGACGGCCAAGUUUAUGUAUCUUCACGGGGUUUCCUCAAUCAACUAGUAAAGAAUGGAUUUCCUUUAUCGAGAAUUUUCCGUUAUCGAGUCAGCUAUCGUCCAAAAUGUGUUGACAAUCUCAUUGCCAAGGAGCAUAAGGUUCCACAUGGCGUAGAUACUUAUGUUUGGUUUUAUCCCCUUAGAGAAGGCUUUUCUGAGAAAGAAAGAACUAGUGUUCGGAAUUGGAUCCAGCCAUAUAUUGAGUUCCUAUCAUACGAAGAGGCUUUUGAUUGGGACAAUUCAGAUUUGAAGAAACUCAAAUACUUCAGGGAUGAUGGUGCCAUUGAAUACUUGGAAGAUUCAAGGUGGGAUUGGAGUAUUAAGGUAGCUGAUGCAGUGUAUGAGGUACAAUUGGAAUGA